AGGUGAACCCAAAAGCGACCCACUUUCUCCACCAAAAGCAGAGGCAUUUCUGUGUCUGGAAGAGAAUCUCAGGAAGAAAGAGAGGGGCUUCAGCUUCUGAUGUCUGAGAUUCGAAUUAAGUAAAUAAAGAUAUUUUCGUUCAUUCAAUGGUAUAGGAGUGCGUAUUGUUUUGCGAGAGGAAAAAGGAAAAAAAAAAAAAAAAACAGGCAAUGAACGUGAUCCGCCCAGCGGUGCACCCGGUAGAGGCUCCACCGGUGGCUGACGCAGCCAAUGAUGCGAUGCCCAGAGGGCGGAUGAAGGAUAUCCAGGGCAUGCCCGGUACUCCCGGUGGCCUCGCCCUCCGCUUCUCUCAGUUCGCUUUUGCACUCCUCGCACUCUGCGUCAUGGCCACCACCAGCGACUUCCCUUCCGUCACCGCUUUUUGGUUUUAUGGUAUUUUGUGUGCCAGCUAUCUCGUUGCUGCUGUCAGCCUGCAGAGCUUAUGGAGCCUCACACUAGCCAUUCUUGAUGUAUAUGCCAUUUUAGUAAAGCGCCGUUUCCGGAAUCCUAGAGUUGUCAGCUUGUUUGCAAUUGGUGAUGGGAUCACUUCCACACUAACAUUUGCUGCAGCUUGUGCAUCUGCUGGUAUCACUGUCCUUAUUGGGAAUGAUCUGAAUGAUUGUGCACAGAACCAUUGCACUAGAUUUGAGACUGCAACAGCCAUGGCAUUUAUGAGUUGGUUUGCUGUCUCGCCAUCAUUUAUUUUGAAUUUCUGGACUCUGGCAUCCAAAUAAGAGACAUGGACUAACAUUGUGGUUUGGUGAGUUGUAAUUGAAAUGAUGUGAUUUUCAAUCUCACCUCCGAUGUAAAUUUUGUAGCUGGACCUAAAGCGUCCGUCCUUAUCCAGUAUUUGAUGUACAAUGUAUUUACAAGGCAGAAAAUCGAUUAUUUCGAGUUCAUUUUCAUGAAA